AUGGGUCGUCAACGCCAGCCUGGCCACCGGCAGCGCGGCGCGGGGACCGUCAGUGUGAGCAAGCAAGACACGCUGCAGCAAGGCGUCCUGUGCAAAGAGUGGCAGCGCACGCCCAUGCAGCUCCUGCAGGAGUUCUGCCAAGCCAAGAAGCGACGCAGCGCCUUUUACGCGCGUGCCAAAAGCCGCGACAGCACGAAAUUCCGCCUGCGGUGCGUGCUGCCGGACGGGAAAGACCGUGAAAAAGACUUGACGUUUUGUCCGGAGCAGGAGUUCGAGACGAUGGAGGAGGCCAAGCACUGUGCUGCUUUACUGGCGCUUCACCACGUGGAGCCGCUGCGUCCGUAUGAACGGAAGCUGCCGGACCCGUAUCGGGACCUGUGGCUUAUUUUGGGUUCCUCUUCUAAUGGGUCGGAAAAGAAGAGUGACCAGAAGGGAAAGAAGGGGCUGAAACCCGAAAUUAAGGAUGUCCAGAAAGCGGAACAGGCGACUCUUUUGAUGGACGAUGAAGGAGGGUUGGAAUUGUGGGCACAGGAUGAUGCAGAAGGUGAUGUCCACGAUGGAAAUGUCAAGGACAAGAACAAAACGGCAGUCGUGUUGACGAUGGAUCGGAAGUUUGCGUCGCAGAAAGAGUUUGACGCAGUGCGGCUUGCUAAACUGCAAGAGCGGAACAAGAAACAGCGCUCUCGGGAGAAUCGAGAGAGAGCUAAUCUUCCAAAGCAGGUGAUAAUGAGUGCAUCGUGUCGGAACCUGAUUGAAGGCAUUUUGAAGCAACUGGAGGAGACGCAGACGAAUUUUGGUGAUGGACUACAGAAGAAGAACGAUCAUGUUGUUGAGCUGAGACAAUUAGAACAGGAGAAGUUUCGAACGAAGGCCAUACAGAGACUUAAAGCGAUUGGGUUUGCACCUGCUCAGAUCCAGCAAGCAUUACAAAAGUGUUCGUAUGAUUCAAGCAGUAAUGGUGAUGCCGACGAUGCUCGUAUGUCGGCUAUCUUUGAUUGGCUGUGUUUGAAUAUCCCCGAAGAGGAGUUGCCGAGGAAGUUUAACCCGCAGGGGACGCAGCUGGAUGUUGUGCUGAGUACGUCGUCGAUAGAUAAAGCCGGAUUGGCACCUACACUUGUGUUAAUACAGAGGCUCAUGAAGUUUGGGUACGACCGCCAGGAUGCUAUUUCCGUGACGAACCAGUAUGUACAAGAGCAUCCUGGUAUGAGUGAAGAACAAUUGAAAGCACCGUCUAUGCUGACAAUCAUUGCUCUCCUUGAGAAGCUAUUUCCGCACGUUAAAAAGUACUUUAACUUCGAAGAGACUGAUGGGCCACUGGCGAUUCCUGUCGUUGAAGAGCUGCUAGACCUGCGUCGAGAUGAGAUCUUUGCUCUGGAGGCGAUUUUCGAUGAAAAGUUGAAGGUCACAAUGCUAGAGGAUGGCUCAAGCACCCAUAUCCUGACAUUUGAAGUUGCCGACGGUCUUGCUUUGCAAAUUUUCUUGUCAAGUACAUCAAGAUAUCCAUUCGAGAUGCCGCUGCUUGCCUUGACCUCCACUAAGGCAACACACCAGCCGCAUCUUCUUACUGCAUACGGCGAAGUACUCAAAAGCUGUGGGCAUUCCAUUGGCGAACCAAUGCUGUACGAUAUUUACGUUGCAAUUGAUGCCUACUUUGAGAACGAAAGUCGGCUCUCCAACAGUGUGUCCAGGAUCCGGGUUUUGAAAACGGUUGUUGUACCGGAAGCGAGUACAGCUGAGACUCCGAGCCAUAAAACUCGUGACACACCAAAAACGAAGAAACACAAACAAGGAAACGGCCGCGGUGGCAAUCACAGUGGGAGUGUGAAAAAUAACCAGCAAAGAUCGGUUGAUGUGGAGGCUAUGCGUCGAAUGAGUGAAAAACUUCUGCAGUCCAGGCAAGCAAAAGUUGACCAGUCUAGUUUCCGACAGAUGGUUGCUGCUCGCUCAAAACUUCCCGCAAGCAAGAACGAAGCGCAAGUAAUCAAGUGUGUACACGAGAAUCAAGUGGUGCUCAUUUGUGGUGCGACGGGUUGUGGUAAAACCACUCAGAUCCCGCAAUUUAUUCUGGAUGAAUUCAUUGAUCGUGGCGCUGGUGGUGAAUGCUUCAUCAUGUGUACUCAACCACGGCGAAUUGCUGCUAUCGGUGUGGCCACUCGCGUUGCGCAAGAGCGGUGUGAAAAGGUUGCUGAUGUUGUUGGGUACCAGAUUCGCAUGGACGCAAAGAAGUCAUCGAAUACGCGAUUGUUGUUCUGCACGACGGGUGUCCUGCUUCGGCGUUUGCUCAAUGAUCGGCAGUUAUCCGGCGUCUCGCAUGUGAUUGUCGACGAAGUUCAUGAGCGCAACGUGGAUACCGAUUUCUUGCUGUCUAUCCUUCGCGACUUGCUGCCUCAACGUCCAGAACUGCGUGUCAUUUUGAUGAGUGCUACGAUGAACUCAGACCUUUUUGUGAACUACUUCUCAUCGACGAUGGGCACGCCGUGUCCUGUGCUAGACAUCCCAGGGUCUACCUUUCCCGUGGACUGCAACUUUCUGGAGGAGGUGCUUGACCAAACUCACUACGACGUACCGAAGUAUUUGCUGAAAGAGAAGAAAAGUAAAAGAAAGGGUGCUGAUGAAUGUGCGGAAGAAAAAGACACAUACAAGCUGACGUCAAAGGAAAUUGCGGCACGCAUUGACGACUCCAAGAUCGACUAUGAUCUUAUUGUACACUUGGUUCGCUUCCUUGUAUUGGAAAAGAUUCAAUGCGCUAGCAGCAAUCAUGGAGCGAUCCUCGUCUUCCUGCCAGGCACGGCCGAAAUCAGGCGGCUGCUCGAGAUGCUGACGCACGGAAGUGGUGAACUAUCGUCCAAGGUGUGGGCAUUGCCCCUCCAUGGUUCGCUCUCUGGAGCUGAUCAGGCGGUGGUGUUCAAGUCUGCUCCCGCAGGCAAGACAAAGAUCAUUGUGAGUACCAACAUUGCCGAAACGUCCAUCACUAUCGAUGACAUUACUGCUGUGAUUGAUUCUGGAAAAGUGAAAGAGAUGGUAUAUGAUAGCCAAACCCAGCGAUCCCAGCUGCUUGACUGUUGGGCGUCUCGUGCAGCGUGCGACCAGCGCAAGGGUCGCGCAGGACGUGUUCAGGCCGGCACAUGCUACCGCUUGUUCUCGCGAGAUCGCUUUGCCGCCAUGACGGCUCAGUUAUCUGCUGAGAUCCAUCGUGUGUCACUUGAACAGCUCUGUUUGCAAAUCAAGAAGCUGGAACUUGGCUCAAUUAGAGGUUUUCUCUCGAAAGCUAUUGAGCCGCCUGCUGAGGCUGCUAUUGAUGCAGCCGUUCACGAACUGGUUAAUAUCGCAGCACUUCGAACGGUUAGCGAUUCUUCCGAGAACAACCUUCGCCAAGACAUUCAGAGCAUUGACGAUGAAGAUGUAGUUUUGACGCCACUUGGUAACCACCUGGCCAUGCUGCCACUCGACGCACGGAUCGGCAAGUUCUUAGUGUACGGAUCGAUCUUGCGUUGCAUCCAACCCGUGGCUGUUAUUGCGGCGUGUAUAUCGAGCCGCAACCCAUUUUUGACAAAUGUGUCGGACCCAGAGAUGCGUGCUAAGCAAGAUGCGCUAAAAAGAGAGCUUGGUGGCAGCUGGAAAAGUGACCAUUUGUUACUUUGGAGGUUAGUCGAGCGCUAUACGCCUUUGCGGGGCCAGGGAAUGAAACGUGGAUUUUGUCGCGACACUGGGCUUUCGUACGAUACGAUGGAAUCGAUAUUGGAUCUAAAGCAGCAGUACUUACAGCAGUUGGACAACAUUGGCUUUUAUGACUCGAGCAAAAGGAACGAUCUUGAUCAGAACUCGGACUCGCCGCGCAUCAUUAAAGCCGCGCUUUGUGCUGGUCUGUACGCAAAUGUGGUGGAAGUGGUGUACCCGGAGCAGAAGUACUUUCAGUCUGCCCACGGUGUAGUCGAGGGGGAUCAUAACGCGAAGCAGAUCCGGUAUUUCGUGCGCUCGACGGCAGAGGCAGGCCACCGCGAACGUGUGUUCCUCCAUCCGUCGUCAUGCAACUUUUCACAAACGAAUUACGAUUCGCCCUGGCUGUUGUAUACGGAAUUGGUACAAACCUCCAAGAUUUUCGUGCGAGAGAGCACUAUGGUGAACCCGUACGCGCUGUUGUUAUUUGGUGGUCAUCUCGAAGUGAUUCACGAAAAGAACUUGCUUACGCUGGACAACUUCAUCCGCUUUACUGCCGUUGCUCGUAUUGGUGUACUAAUCAAGUCUAUUCGCUACCAUUUAGACCGACUGCUAAUGGAGAAAAUUGCCGACCCCAGUGCUGACAUCGCGCAGAGUGAUUUAGUGACCGCCAUUAGCUGUUUGCUCAAAAGUGAAGGAAUGUACGCUGACGCAUGA